CUGCAUCGGUACCGCCCCCUCCCCGGCCGCCAUGUUGGGGGAGGGGGCGCGGUGCGGGCAGGGCGGAGCCGCCCCCGCCGGAGAGCAGUAGCAGCAGAGCCAGUUCCUGCGACGCCGCCGCGCUCUAUGGGCCGGCGGAGGGGACCCGCCGGCUCGGCAGCGCGCUGCCCUUGAGGCCGCAGAAGCAGCAGCCGCCGCCGCGGAGCCGGGACAUGAACAGCGGCUGCGAGCGGCGGCGGCUCCCCGGCUAGCGGGCGCGAGGACAUGGUGCCGUUCGCCCCGCUGGAGGACGCGGAGGAGCCGGAGCCCUGCCACAAAAUGGAGCUGUGCAUGAGUGGUGGUGAGCUGAAUGGUCUUAAAAUGGUGGAUGAACCCAUGGAAGAAGGAGAACCAUAUUCUUACAAUGAUGAAGGAAAUGUGAAAGAAAUUCCUAUUACCCACCAUGUGAAAGAAGGGUGUGAGAAAGCAGAUCCCGCACAGUUUGAAUUACUUAAGGUUCUUGGUCAGGGAUCAUUUGGAAAGGUAUUUCUUGUGAGGAAAAUAAUUGGUCCUGAUGCUGGGCAGCUUUAUGCAAUGAAAGUAUUGAAAAAAGCUUCUCUAAAAGUACGGGAUAGAGUUCGUACAAAGAUGGAGAGAGAUAUAUUAGUAGAAGUAAAUCAUCCAUUUAUCGUCAAACUGCACUAUGCCUUUCAGACCGAAGGAAAGCUAUAUUUAAUAUUGGAUUUUCUCAGGGGAGGAGAUGUAUUCACACGAUUAUCCAAAGAGGUUAUGUUUACAGAGGAAGAUGUGAAAUUCUACCUCGCAGAACUGGCCCUUGCUUUGGAUCAUCUACACAGCUUGGGGAUCGUAUACAGGGAUCUGAAGCCAGAAAACAUUUUGCUUGAUGAAGCAGGACAUAUCAAGUUAACAGACUUCGGACUCAGCAAAGAAUCAGUAGAUCAAGAAAAGAAGGCCUACUCUUUCUGUGGUACUGUAGAAUACAUGGCACCUGAAGUAGUAAACAGGCGAGGCCACAACCAGAGUGCCGAUUGGUGGUCAUUUGGUGUUCUUAUGUUUGAAAUGCUUACUGGUACACUACCAUUUCAAGGUAAAGAUCGAAAUGAAACUAUGAAUAUGAUACUAAAAGCAAAGCUUGGAAUGCCACAAUUCCUUAGCCCUGAAGCGCAGAGUCUUCUAAGGAUGUUGUUUAAAAGGAACCCAUCAAACCGAUUAGGAGCUGGUUCAGAUGGAGUUGAAGAAAUCAAGAGACAUCCUUUUUUUUCAACAGUUGAUUGGAAUAAACUGUUCAGAAGAGAAAUUCAGCCCCCAUUUAAACCUGCUUCUGGUAAGCCAGAAGAUACCUUCUGUUUUGAUCCAGAAUUCACAGCAAAAACCCCCAAAGAUUCUCCAGGAGUUCCACCUAGUGCUAACGCGCAUCAGCUGUUCAAAGGAUUUAGCUUUGUUGCAACUACUGCCAUAGAAGAUCAUAAAAUUUCACCCCUCACCAAUAUAUUGCCAAUAGUACAGCAACUUCAUGGAAACAGUGCACAGUUCACUGAUGUAUAUGAGCUGAAGGAGGAUAUUGGUGUUGGCUCCUACUCUGUUUGCAAGAGAUGUGUGCACAUAGCUACCAAUAUGGAGUUUGCCGUGAAGAUAAUUGACAAAAGUAAGAGAGAUCCCUCAGAAGAAAUUGAGAUUUUGAUGCGCUAUGGACAACACCCUAAUAUUAUUACUCUAAAAGACGUGUAUGAUGAUGGCAGAUAUAUUUACCUGGUCACUGAAUUGAUGAAGGGAGGAGAGCUGCUUGAUCGGAUUCUCAGACAAAAGUAUUUCUCAGAACGGGAGGCUAGUGCUGUAUUGUAUACUAUAACUAAAACAGUUGACUACCUUCAUUGUCAAGGAGUAGUGCAUCGCGACCUUAAGCCAAGUAAUAUUUUAUAUAUGGAUGACUCAAAUAAUGCUGACUCUAUCAGGAUUUGUGAUUUUGGAUUUGCAAAACAACUUCGAGGGGAGAAUGGACUUCUUUUAACUCCUUGCUACACUGCCAACUUUGUAGCACCAGAGGUUCUCAUGAGACAGGGAUAUGAUGCUGCUUGUGAUAUCUGGAGCUUGGGUGUUCUCCUUUACACAAUGCUGGCAGGCUAUACUCCUUUUGCCAAUGGUCCCAAUGAUACUCCUGAGGAAAUCCUGUUACGGAUAGGCAGUGGAAAAUUCUCUUUAAGUGGAGGCAACUGGGACACUGUUUCAGAUGCAGCAAAGGACUUGCUUUCCCAUAUGCUUCAUGUAGAUCCACAUCAGCGAUACACGGCAGAGCAAGUAUUAAAACACUCGUGGAUAGCCUGCAGGGACCAGUUGCCUCAUUAUCAGCUAAACAGACAAGAUGCGCCACAUCUAGUUAAGGGGGCCAUGGCUGCCACGUAUUCUGCACUGAAUCACAAGACAUUUCAGCCAGUCUUAGAGCCUGUCGCAGCUUCAAGUUUAGCUCAACGACGGAGCAUGAAAAAGCUAACUUCAACAGACUUAUAGAUCCACUGGGGCACCUGAGCCAAACUGGAGCAAAGGAAAAUCCAAUAAGUGGCUCUAUAUUUGCCUGACCUGUGAUCGAAAGACAUAUAUGGUUUCCUGCUACACUACUUGAAUUCUGUAAAAGUCCUCUUUUAAAAGAAAAAAAUCCACAGGUUCAGGGGGAUUCACACUGUGUUGUUUUACAGGCGAUGUCCAUGUUUAUUUAACUUAAACAUCAGGGUACAUCACAAAGAUCAUAAGGUAUUUCCGUACACUGUCCUUUCAGAGGUUUGUUGCAAAUAUUCUUUACAUACUGUAUAGUUUUGCUGGGUUCAUGAAGAAGUGGUUUAGGGGACCAUUACCAAUAACCAAGUUGUACGUAAAAAGUGUCAGUGUCAGUCUUUUUACCAUCAAACGCACUUGUAAAAAAUCCGCAAGUUCUUACUUAAAUUACUUUGUAAUUGGGCACUUACCAAUGGACUCCAUUCAUUUAACUCAUUGAUGCUAGAAGACAAGACUGACCACCUUAUUGUGCCAGUGCAAAAUGCAUUAGUGCUAAUACGGGAGUUCUACACUUGCCUGGUGCCCAGAAUUAAAAAGGUUUGUGUACAAAUAUUAAAAAAUGGUGUGCAUCUGAGACAUUGCACGUCAUCCAUAAAAUUAAACCAAACAACUGGAUAACAAGUGACCUUGUUUAGGGAAUGGGUGUCUCUAAUGUCAGUGUGUAUUUCUGUCUAUAGCAGUGGUGGACCCACGCCGCUUCCUGCAGCUCCCAUUGGCGGGAAACGGUGAACCACAGCCACUGGGAGCUGUGGGCGGCCGCGCCUGCAGACAGUCAAUAUAAACCAACUGUUUCGCAGCCCACCAGCGGAUUACCCUGACAGGCCGCAUGCAGGCCGCAGAUUGCCCACCACUGGUCAAUAGUCAUAAGCUUGGGGAAACACCCUCUGUUUUCAACAUAAAAGAUCUUACUGUGUUCUGUACUGAGCUAUGAAAAUGAUUAUAUUCUAAGUCUUCAAGAGUGAGAGCCUGGAUUGGUACUACUUUAGAUAGGACAUGUGAUAGUAGUCCAAGUAGUCCAUAUGCUUUUAGUUAUCUUUAUCCUUUUGUAACUUGACUGAAUUAUGCCUUCCUAUCUCAUGAGGAACAUAGGGACUUCACCACUGCCUUCCAUCUUUUGACAGUCUCUUGCUACAGUCUUAGCUCUUCCUGUAUCAUUUCGAUAACUUUCUAUUGUGUGUUUCCAUGUCAUGCUUGGUCUAGCUUGUUGCCUCUUGCCCUCGGGGUUCCAGUCCAACUCCUGUCUUAUGUUACUUGGGUCUUUCCUCCAUGUAUGUUCUAGUAAUCUUCAUUUUCGUUCCAUAAUUUCCUGACCUAUCAGUAUAUUUCGUCGUCCUCCAGAGUUCGAUUUCCCCCCUCCUUUCCCCACCAGCCAUCUGAUAUUAAGGAUUUGUUUCAGGCAGUUGUUUAUGAAAACUUGGAGGUUAGAUAGUAAGGUCUUAAGUGUCCAAGUUUCAGUGCCAUCUGUUAAGAAUGACUUCACAAUGUUGUUAAAUAUUCGAAAUUUCAUUUGAAGGGCAAGAUUUCUGUUUCUUCAGAUCAGCUUUAGAGUUAUGAAGGCAUGUCUGGUUUUCGCUAUUUUGACUUUAAUGUCUGUCCUACCUGUUGUACUUGAUAUGUGAAAUAUUGGACCUAUUCUAUGUCAGGCCCAGAAAGUGUUGCUGUUUCUUGUUGUGUGUUGAUUUUCAACCCUACUAAUUGUGCAUAUGCCCAAAGAUAAUUUGUUUCAGCUUGCAUGCCUCUCUGAGCAUAGGAUAGCAAGUUGAUAUCACCUGCAAAGUCUAGAUCUUCUAACUUUUGUGUGAAACUCCAUUGUAUGCUACUUGAUUGUUCUGUGGUCUUUCUCAUUACCCAAUGUGCUACCAGUAAAAAGAUCAUGGGUGACAUAAGGCAUCCUUGUCUGCUGCUGGUAGUAAACUCAAAUGGCUUAGCUCACUGUUAUGUAUUACUGGCAGGACAUAUUUUCACAGAAACUCUGUGUGAUCACAGAUUUCUGAGGGAUUCCAUAGUGGCAUAGCAACUUCCAUAAAGCUGUUUUAUCCACUGUAUCAAAGGCUGUCCAUCAGUACCUGGCUAUCCCUCUGUACGUGGACUAUAUUGCGAUUCCUUUGGCAAUCUUUUCUGUUGAAGAGCAGUAUAUUCAAUGUUAGCUUAUCCUGGAUUGUUAGGUAAACUGAUAUUUCAUUGUAGCAUUUUUGGCACAUAGUUUUAUUAGUUUUAUUUAUUUAAAUGUAUGUAAUUGCUCCUAUGUCCCUUGGCACAUGUACAAAUAUUACAAACAUGGCCCUAUUAAAAACCCUUUCCUUGGCUAACCACAGGUGAAGUCUGGGAAAAUAAGCUUUGAAAUGUGCCCUUAAAGUCAAUAGGUACAGGAUUUUGACCAAAGAGGGGGAGUAGGUUCCACAGUUGUGGACCUCACUGAAAAUAUCCUGCUGUCCUCUCCCUCUCUGUUUGAAUAUAGGGGCAUUUAGUUAAGUGCCUCAGCUCACCUGAACUACUUUGGUAUAUCACAGAGAGAGAGUUAGUCUGUAGUACUACCAGGUCCCAAAUGAUUUUAGAGUUUUCUAAAGCAAAACCAACACUUUGAAUUGCACCUAGGAGUGAACUAGAACCUCAAUCAAUUCUCAGAGGAUGUGAUCAAAUAAAGCAUUUCAUGAAGCUUUAGACACUACUACACAAUUGUUCUAAUAUAGUAGUGUGAUAAACAUUUUAAAUAUUAGGAAAGUAUACUUUGCUAAAUUUGAACACAUUGAGAAUCAUUAUGACCAAAAAUCAAUUAUUGUCCUGACUUGUCUGCUGUCAUUGAAUUUCUAAUCCCAUAACGUUUUUAUAGCAGAUCAUAAAAUGUUAAUCUGGGGGAAAGGGGGAGACUUCGCAUACUGAGAUAAUACAAUGGUGUGAAGGCUUUUGGGGGGAUUCUGGAAUAACAAAAGUAGCAGUAACUCAUCCUAAAAUGUGGAGGUGACUCGCUGCUUUUUUUGUUGUCGUUGGGAAUACCGUAGAUAUGCUGCUAGUUACUUCUUAUUGCUGUGCAGGAGGUAGGAAUUGCCUUACUGAACAAUUAAGUGUUUUAAUUGGGAUGCUUGUAGUAUGGGAUUUAAUGAAGAACAUAUGUACACUAGUGUGUCAUGCCUGCUACUCAAUUUCUUGGGUACAAUAGGGUGUUGGAAAUAUUAGGGCCCAUUUGUACCUAAUUUGAGGUGCCUGUUUGAAAUGCUUGAAAAGUAACAAAGAACACAGCUGCCACAUGGGAAAAAUACUACUUAGAAAGAAUUCUGCAUCUUGCAUGUUCAAUGCUUUUUUCAUUAUUAGAGACCUUUGCGUGCAAUUAAGUGUACACCUCUCCAUAUUUCCCACCUAAUAUUGUAAUUUCAUUUGUAAUAUUAAAAACUAUUUCUAUCAAAAUUGAGAUCACAAAAAAUCAGACUCUGGAUACGGAACAAAGAGCAAAAAGCACAUUUAAAAACAAAGGUCCAUUUGUAAUGUAGAUUUUAAUGUUAAAGUAAUAAAAAUGCGGGAAAGAGAACAUCUGAGAUGCUAAGCUUAGUUGUUUUCAGUAUUUUCCCCCCUAAAGUGGCAGCUGGUCUUUUUUGGUUUUAUUCAUGAGUGAUUUAGCAGUGUUUGCAUUGGUAUUUUCACCUAACUUGUUCAGACCCACCGCGCAAUAAGCACCUUACAAGUAUUGUGCACUAAAUCAGUAAUAAGCAGGCCAAGAUACUUAACAUGUAAUGGUAUCUUCCUGGAGUGGAGGAUAGGAGUUGUAAAGAGGAAAAAUGUACAAAGACAUGCUGAUAGGUGAACAUAGAAUUUAGAACACUUUCUAAGUCAAUCCUGCUGUUUAGAUAAGAACAUCACUAAGCUCUACUACAAGUGGCAUUCCCAGGGCAAAAAUAAGGUUUCCCUGGCUGCACCAUUGGAGGGGUAAUCUUUUCACAAAGACAAACUGUGUAGACAACACCUCUGUUAUAUUUGACACAAAACAUCAGGCCUACGUAGCAUGUCUAUUUCCACUUUUAUUUUGGGAAUAAGACACACUUAUUGUAACUAGUGCAAACAAAAUCCUAUCUAGAUGCUUAAAAUUUCAUCAUGUCAGUUUUUCAGUAUCUGUGGGUAUUGCUGGAAUCCAGAAUAAAGUUUCACCUUCACAUUUGCAGAACACCCCCCUACAGUGUUUCAUGACACAAUCUUCAUUAAUACUCUUUUGGCGGUUGAACUGAUUUUUCUCAUUUUAAAGGAAAAUGCUAGUUUUGCAGAACCCAGUAGUCAUGGAAUUUAAAAGGUAAGCAACAUGAACUCCUCAUGAGUAAUCUGUGAAUUGUUUGAAAAUGAAGAUAAUUACAAUUAUUUGAGUCUUUGGUAGGGGCUAUUGAAAGGUAUAAUUUGUGUCAUGUAGAUAUAGCUACUACACAGUCAAAGAUAGGGUUGCCAGGUGUCCAGUUUUUGGCCGGAACAUCCGCCCCCUCCCACACUCUGAACCUCUCGGGACCCACCCCCCAGCCCAGGGUUCCCUCCUGCAUGCCUUAUUUCUGUCCCCAUCCCAGAGGCUGCACCCCCAGCCGCAGUCCUCACCCCUUCUGCACACCAACCCCCUGCACCAGCCCAGUGAAAAUGAGUGAGUGAGGGUGGGGGAGAGCAAGCCUCAGAAAGAGGAGGGGAUGGAGUGAACUGGGAUGGGACUUGGAGAAGGUUUGGGGUGGGGUGGGGCCUCAGAAGGGGCGAGGCAGGGUGUUCGGUUUUGUGCGAUUAGAAAGUUGGCAACCCUAAGACUGUAAACUGGUUAGCAUUUUAUUGUGGGUACUGACUUAAAAAUAAGCUACAAUACUGUAGUGAAUUUUUUACUUUCAUCCUUUAUAAAAACAGAAUGGAGAGCUACUUUAUAUAUAGGGAUUUCUGUAGUGCUAAUUACCAUCUUCCUAAUAUGAUCCAACACGGGCUAAUGUCUCAAAUAUCAUUCCCCAGCAAGAAGCCUGCCAAAAGUCAUAGUCUCAGUAGUGCAAUUGUAAUCAAAGCCUUUUUUUCUCAAAUACAUAUUUACGUAGGGCCUGACCAGCUAUCACUAAAGUAAGUGGCAAGACUCCUAUUUACUUAAGUUUGAGCUGGAGCAGGUCUGUAAUUAAAGGUGUCAUACCCUGUGCACUGUGAGAUUGUUUCGUUGAAGUACUGGUUAUUUGUAAAAUGUAAACAUCUGUAAUAUGCUCCUGGCCCCAUUACUCAAAAGUUAUGCAGUGGCACCAACAGCAGAUGUUGCAGAAUCAGAAGUAUCUAGGGAGCUUCAGUAUGGGCAGAUUGUCUUAAGCCAACAUGUUUUGGCUUUUGUGACCAGUUAUUGAAUACAGGUUUUAGUUUUUUAUGUGUUUUCCUUAUGCUCAAAAGGAGAGCAUUCCUUUGGCCACACUAGAAACUUGUGAUGUAUGUGGUUGUACAAAGGCUGUCCAAUUGCUGGUAGCACAGCUGUAUAGCUUAGAUGUCCUGCCUAGUGUGUACUUCCAGAGAACACACCUCAAACAUCUCAUGGAUAUGAAAAUGAAAGCCAACCCCACACCAGUCAGUUGUUAUCUUUAGACUUCCAUUUAUAGAGCUGAAUUAUCCUUAUCCUUCUCUCUUUAGCUUUGAAAAAAUUAAUUAAAAAAACUUGUACACUCACUGUAUAUUGUAAGAGUUGAAAAAAUUAAUUAAUUGAAACAUCCAAUAAUUAAAACAGUAUUUCUAGCAAAUUUUAAGAUGUACUUUGAGAGCCAUUCAUUGUAGGCAUCUGUUCAUCAGUGCAUUGUAACAGGUUGCUAUAACAUCAAAGUACUUAAUUUCUUUUUCAGAUAUUACAAUUAGAGGAGGGGGGAGCCUGCAAAAGAUUGAGAUUCAGUUGUAUAAAUUGUCCAAAAGUGUGGUGGUGAUCCACACUUAGUCAACAGAAUGAGGCUAAAAUAGUCAUGCAAACAGGGUUUUGUGCACUACUAUAACAGUUACGUUUCUUACUCCCAGCCAAAAACUGGAAGCAUGCCUGUGUUUAAGAUAAAUGAAAGAUUUUUUUUUUUAAAGUCAAUUUUCAGUGUGUUACCUCCUGUUUGAUUCAAUUAUAGUAAAGUUGCAGGGGGGAUCCUUUAGUUAUAUAAUAUCACAGGAGCAAUAUAUUUGACACAACAGUUGAUCCACAAUCACUUAUUAAAGCAUUCAUACAUGUUACCAAGUGUGUGUGUGUGUAUAGAAGACAAAUGCUGUACUUGGUUAUAUUACCACACACUUUUGUAUUAGCAACUGUUCAAUUAAGUGAUUUUGGAAUACUAGCUGUCCUCCUUUCCAGUGUAUUUUUUUAAGAAUUGCUCCCAAACGGCAAUAUUUUCCUGACUGUUGAUAAAACUGCAUAUUUCUUUGUGAAUAUAAAUAAUACGGAAGUUAAAUUGAGGAAAAGCAGCUGUGUGGCUAAAACUGAAUAGUAGAGUAACUAGUCUUUUAUUUUUAUUUUUAUUUUAAACCUUUUAUAAUACAAAUCCUUGUCUCUUAUUGGGUUUUUUCUAUGUAAGAAAAACAAAUUCUUUCAUGAAAAGAACAAUUUUGAAAGCUGUAUGUAGAGGAUCUUUAAACUCUAAUUGGCAAGUCCCCUUAUUGAUAAAUGUGUUUCAGAAAUAAUCAUUCAAACUCCAUUUAUAGUAAUCAGCAGUAAUUACACCUGUUUUUGUUAGGGUACUGAAAAAAAUAGCAAGAAGGUAUCUCCUUUGCAGGGCAAAGUGUUUCUAUAAUAUGUAUGUUGCAUUAGGCUUAUGAACAUUUGCUAACUAUUGCAUUGUCAUAAUUUCCCAAGCACUUUGGCAUUCUUGCACUGAUACUCUGAUUAUAGCUAAAACUGUUUGGCAUGUGACUGGGCAUAAAUCUCAAUAUAUGAAAGGGCAUUAAAGUUAAAACAAAGCGUGCAAUUCAAUUAUAUGCUAUCUGAGGUACUUCAAAGAUGAACUAUACAAAAGGUCCCCGUUGUCAGAUAUUGUAACUAUCGUUCCUUCUCUAAACAUAUUGUGGAUUUUGUAUCAUAUUGUAUUUAUUUCAUUUUUUAAAAGAUGUUUUCUUUAAAGCUCUGUAUAUAUUGACAUUAAAGUUUGCAUUGUACUACAUUCUUCUCCUUGUAAGGCUGAAUCCAGUAGUGCAUUAUACAGUAUGUAUUUUUUCUUUUACACUAUGCUGCUAAAUAUUACUCACCUUGAAUUACAACAUGCCAAAGACGA